CCUACAAGAAAAAACCGUUUUGCAUUGGUACACCAUAUCGGUACCCAGCAUUAGUUAUUAUAUUAAGUAUGAUGUUUUUGUCUCUAUUGCGCAAAAGUAUUUCAUGAAAUGCAGGUUCCACAGAGUUCCCAUUACUACAAUUAUGAUAUUAUGUCAAACUGCUUCUACAACAUUUAGGUGACUGCGGUGCUUAUAUCACUGGACAAUCUACUGGUUCCGUUUACUCCCCCAACUAUCCUGGACAGUACAACAACGGUUUGAACUGCACCUGGAAGAUAGAGGUCAAAAGAUGGGAAAACGUGUGGCUGACACCAGUGUCGUUUGAUCUACAGGAAAACCAUGACUGGCUAGACAUCUACAAGGGAGAACCAGACAGCCUCAAUUUGUUGGGAUCGUUCACGGGUAAAAAUAUUCCAGAACAGCUCAUCACCACGUCCAACAUUGUGCACCUUGUUCUUCGUACGGAUGACUCGAUCACUGACGAGGGUUUCGAAAUCUACUUUGAGGGUGUCUGCGGUGCUUACAUUGCCAAUCAAUCUUCUGGCUACGUUUAUUAGCCCAACUAUCCUGGAAACUACCCUAACAACGUGCAGUGUACGUGGACCAUAGAGGUGGACCAAUGGGAGUCGGUGAAGCUGUUUCCAAUGUCAUUUAAGUUAGAGCCAAACUUUGAUUGGCUGUACGUCUACAAGGGAGACCAAAAAGACCCCAUCUUGAUAGGAUCCUACACCGGAAGAGACAUUCCUGCAGAACUGGACACCACGUCCCACGUGGUCCAACUGGUUCUUCAAACGGACUAUCAGUACAUUUUUGAGGGUUUCAGAAUCUACUUUCAUGAUCAAGGUAUCUGUGGUGGUCAUAUUACCGGGCAAUCGUCUGGGUACAUCUAUUCCCCAAACUAUCCGGGACAGUACCACAACAACUUGAUGUGUACUUGGACUAUAGAGGUCAACAGUCAGAAAGGGGUGAAGAUGACACCGGUAUCGUUUAGUUUGGAGGAGAACUUUGACUGGCUAUACCUCUACAAGGGAGAAGAUGGCACCAUUAUAGGAGCGUACAGCGGAAAAGAUAUCCCAGGAGAACUCAUCGUCACGGAUUACAUUGCCCAUCUACUCUUUCAUACAAGCCGCAAUGACAUUGAAGACGGUUUCAAGAUCCACUUUGAGGAAUUUGAUUUCAUGAGUGUUGAGUGCCCGGACCCUGGCGUUCCCAAUAACGGCUACAGGACUGGAAACAGUUUCACCGUGGGGUCGGUUGUAUUAUUCGGCUGUGACGACGGCUAUGUUUUGUUGGGCCAGGAAAGACUAACGUGCCAGUCGGGUUUCAUAGCGAUGGAGUGGAACUUCAACGUUCCAGGCUGUGAAGACACUGGUGCGUUCUCAUCGAUGAACUAUCCACAUUACCCUUACCGUAACCACGUGUAUCAACAGUGGCACAUCACCGUCGAUAUACACAAAGUUGUCAAACUGACCUUUGUGGACUUCGAUGUGGAGUACGAUCAGGGCUGCGGUAGAGACUAUGUAGCGGUUAUGGACCCCUACGUCGAGGAAAAAACCAUCUCGCCUCUCUGUGGCCCUUGUGUCCACCACUCGUCCAGCACUAAAACCUCAACUGAACACAGCCUUUACGUAUUCUUCGUAACAGACUUUAAGAUUCGCAAAGCUGGAUUUUCAGCACGAUAUGAAGCGAUGGACAAGAAUACAGGACCUUCUACUCCAGAUGCUUUGACUCCUAGAUCUGAUUGGCUGUUGAUCAGCGACAGGAUCAAACAAAUCAGCGUUAGUACGUCAACCAACCAGGUGUGGGCUCUGGAUACCGACGGGAAACCGCUGCGACGCACGGGCAUCACUCAAACAACUCUCCAAGGAACCGACUGGGAGGAAAUAGCUGGUACGGAAAGGUUUCUACUGAUCUCAGUUGGACGUGUUGGUGUGUGGGCAGUCGAUACCAACUCUGCUGUAAUGUACCGCGUAGGAACCUACGGGAAUAGCGAAACAGUCGGCCUCGAAUGGCAGGAAGUGCAUAUUGACAAUGUGGGGAAUCAGCUCUUCAAUUUUGAGAGUCGAGACGUCCAUGGAGAUAGAUUGCCUCAAGAGAUAGAGUGGAUCCAUUCAGGAAGGAAUUUUGUUUGGGUUAUUGGAACAAUCCCCGAUGUAAGAAUUGGGGAAACCAUAGUCAGAAAAGGCAUAAGCCAAGAAAAACCUGGCGGGAAAACAUGGCAAGUGGUAGGAGCAGUAAAUAUGAAAGAAGUCAGCGUCAGUUCCAGAACUGGUCAGCUGUGGGCGGUUGAACAGAGCGGCAAAGUGUGGCGUGCACCUUUCUACUGUGAAAUCUCAGCGAAGUACGACUGGGAACCAAUCACUGGCUGCUUCGCAUCCACAUCAGUUGGACGUGCAGGAGUUUGGGCGGUGGACCUUUCUGGUGACGUGUAUCACCGAUCAGGGACAUUUCUGAAUGAGACCUCCCCUGGUGAAGAAUGGGUGCAUGUACCAGGACCAAGUCUGCAGCGGGUGGCUGUGGGAGAUGGAAUCGUCUGGGAAAAACGUCUAUGUGCAGAGGACGAGAUCAUCUGCCCUUACAGUGGCAAAUGUAUCCCAGAAUGCAGUGUGUGUGAUGGCAUUGUGGACUGUGGAAACGAUGACGACACAGACGAACGACUCUGCUGGUUGGCUGGCUGCCCAGAAAAGCACAGACGGGUGUGUUACGGAGGUGCAGGCUGCUACAGCCCAAGCCGCGUGUGCGACGGGGAAUGGAACUGCAGGGAAGACAAGGAGGACGAGCGGGACUGUCCAGACAGCUGCAUCAGAAGAAAACAUAGAGGCGCGUUUCUUAUGCGAGACAUUGUCCAGUGUCGUGAUCUGAAGGGCUGUGUGAAGAUCUCAAAAGUGUGUGAUGGCAACAUGGACUGUUCAGACGGUUCGGACGAGGUCAACUGUGGCGAAUUCUGCUCCCUCCAUGGUUCAAUCGGCGACAUGGCCUUCUGGAAGUGCCGGGGUGUUCCUGGUUGUAUCAAAGGAGAAUUCCUGUGUGACGGCAUCUCUGACUGUGAGGACGGCUCGGAUGAAGAUAACUGUGAUGCUCUGUGCGAGUCUAUCGGGUACUGGCCCUGUAGAUCAGCACUUCCUCCUUUUGCGAAGUGCAUCAGUCGGCAGGAGAGAUGCGACGGUUACGUGGACUGCAGGGACUUCUCGGAUGAGAUCGGUUGCGGUUACUGUGGAGAGUAUGGAAUUGCUGUCAUUGAUAUGUACGGGUACAACCACGAGACCGAGGAACGGACUUACAGAAUGCCAUUCCGCCAAACCGGAUGCAUACCAAUUGAUGACGUGUGCAAUGGAGAUGUUGACAUCACGAUAUAUGGCAUACACGAUGAAACUGACUGUACCCAGGGACUGAGUUACCCGUGCAGUCUGCAUGGAGUUUACCAGUGGAAAUGCCCUGGAGAAAACACCUGUUUGCCAGAGGGUUUUAUUUGUGAUACAAUCCAGCACUGCGCAAAUGGAGAGGACGAAAAAAACUGUGGUUAG